AUGUCUCGCCUCAGCACUCCCGAUGCCGAUGACGAUACUUUGGUGGAGGAUCGUCUGGCGUUUCUGGCCUUGACCUCCGAGAUUGAUCUUUACUGUCAUGAGUGUCCCAAAUCGAGGGACUUCCUCGACGAUAACGACCAAGAGCUUCUGGACAGAUGCUACAAAGCUCACCUAAUGCCCACUGCGCCGUCAUUCUGGUGGAACAACGAUAACGCCUCCUUGGCAAGGAUCACGCUCCUUGGUAAUGCAUACCCUCUCCUGCGAAACGACAAACAUCUCCAGAAGAGCAAGAAACGUCUCCAGCCGAGCAAGAAAUGGAGACAAUGCGAACGACAGAGAAAGAAAGUUCUCAAGGCCUGGCGCGAGGAUGCUUUGCGGUUGUUCCCCGAACUCACCGACGGACUCGACCAAGAGCUCAGGCAAAAGCUCAGCGACGAGGCCGACGACAUGAUCGACAACGACAUGAUCGACAACGACAUGAUCGACGACGACAUGGUCGAUGUUGACAUAAUAAACAACAACGCGAUCGACAAGAUAACGGACUUUGACACCGAUGAAGAGACCGACGAGGAGGAGGAGGAGGAAGAAGCUUACGUCUUCGCGAUGAACACACGAAGCAAGAAAAGGAAGCUGGAGGAUGUCGACGAAAUGAUGUCAAAGAAGGUCAAGAAACUCACGAUUUCUCCGCCCGGCAGCCCCGUGGCCAGAUCUUCCUUCAAUUCAAGCCAGCCCGCCUCCACGCCUACCAGAGACUGGGAACGCGCCAAGCCGGAACUCAUCACUCCCCCACGAAGCGGCUACAACACUCCUAUCAUCGUCAUCAGCGACGACGAAGAUAGCGAUGCCGGCGACGAUGAGGACGAGGAGGACCCCAUACCCAUGGGAAGGAGGCGUCGCCGACCGGUUGGUAAACCUAUUGAGACACUGAACCCUUCCGCCGCUUACCACACGUCUCUCAGCAUUUCACAUACACACACCAUCGCCGUCGCGUCAAUCCAGCCGGCGAUCCAUGCCUCCGUGACGGCUUUUGGCGAGAGAUCGGAGAAGACCAAGCGUGACGGAUCGAAACGUCAAGUCAAAAAGUUGAGAAAGAAGGUCAAGAGAUUGUCUGUAACGGUCAACGGGCUAAUCGAGGAGACACGAGCUUCAUCGAGGAGGUUGAGGAAGUUGGCUAUGAUCAGGAAAGUGGCGAUAUCGAGGGUCCAAAAAGGAAGGCCGCUGUGCCCCCCGCGCGGCGUCACCGACUUCGAGAACUGGCCGCGCGCCGACGACGAGGCGCUGCCGCUGCCCCGGAGGACGGACCCGGACGACGAGUUCCGCAGGAAGACGCUGGCGCUGCGCGACGCGUUCCGCGAGGGCCGCGGCCUGGCGGUGUGGACAAAGUACGUCGCCCUCCGGCAGGAGAUCGUGACGCUGAGGAAGCUGAGCGCGGGGAAGUCGUCCGUGCAGGAGAUGGCGACCACGAUGUACGCGCAGUACCUACAACUCAUGGGGAAGUGGGGCAGCGCUCUGGGGAAGGAGUUGGACGCCGUCGAGGAGGGCUUCAGCAUGGACGAUUUGGACGACUUUGAGGGGGAAGUGAGGGAGGAGGACUUUGAAGGGUUCGACCUGGAGACGUGCGUCCAGCCCGAGAGGAAAAGGACGCAACAGAUGAAACCGGCGACGAGGAACCGCUGGGAGGCCAUGCCGGGCCUGAUCGACUACGUCUUCAAGACCAAGGGCGCGACCCAGGAGCACGCCGCCUGGAUCAUGACCCACCGGCCCCGGAUCAACGAGCUCCUCACGCACCUCUGGAAGAAGCGGAGUGAGGACAAGGCCCGCGUGAAGAGGAUAUCUCUGAAGCUGAAGCGCAUGAGCGAGGGACCGAGCAAGCGGGAGAUCGCCGGCAAGACGAUUUCGAAAGGCCUCUUCAGGCCGCUCCUCGACGGGGACGGGGACGCCUCCGUGAGCGCGACGCGCACCGCGGCGCCCGCGUACGCGCGGGAGCCGGCGUUCGACCUGGCGGCGGAGCUCAAGACGCUCCUCAAGCUGCGGCUGCUCGUGAAGCGGCGCUGGACGGCGCUGGAAGUCAACGCCAAGAACGACCUCCGGCGCCGCCUGCGCGAGGAGAAGAGGAAGAAGGAGCCCCAUCGCGACGUCAUCAACCCGGGCCCGGACUACCAGAUGUACAAGCAGUUCCACGACGCCAUCAGCUACCGGUACGACGAGCUCGUGCUGGUCGGGAAGGGCAAGGUCCCGCCGAUGACGCCGUCGCGGCGCCUCGGCGCGGCGGAGAAGCGGGUGCUGGUCGAGGAGAGGAACGGGCGUCUGGACCACGAGGGGUUCAGGGCGGCGUCUCUGGAGGAGUUUCUGGGACGGGAGGAUUACGAACGUUGCGUGCAGGAGCUCCGGCGGGGGGGGGCGGCUGACUACCGCAAGGCCUUUGGUUCGCGCUUCGAUUCGACCGAAGAGAUGAAAGGACGGCCGGGAGAAAACUUCCAAGGAAAGCUUACGGACGCGAGACGUGCGGUAGGGAAAUUUGUUAAACGUCCAAAACCCCUUCAAGAAUAG